AUGCUCUGCACGGCGGUGGUGAUGGCGGGGAGCCUGGCGCUGACGACAGCGGUGGUAGCUCACGCCUAUUACCUGAAACACCAAUUCUACCCCACCGUGGUUUAUCUCACCAAAUCCAGCCCCAGCAUGGCCGUUCUCUACAUCCAGGCCUUCGUGUUGGUUUUUCUCCUGGGUAAAUUUAUGGGCAAAGUGUUUUUCGGGCAGCUGCGGGCAGCGGAGAUGGAGCACCUACUCGAGCGGUCGUGGUACGCCGUGACGGAGACCUGCCUGGCCUUCACCGUCUUCAGGGACGACUUCAGCCCUCGCUUCGUCGCCCUCUUCACCCUCCUCCUCUUCCUCAAGUGCUUCCACUGGUUGGCUGAAGACCGGGUGGACUUUAUGGAAAGGAGCCCCAACAUCUCCUGGCUCUUCCACUUCCGUAUCGUCUCCCUGAUGUUCCUCCUGGGAAUCCUGGAUUUCCUCUUCGUUAACCACGCCUACCACAGCAUCCUCACGCGAGGAGCCUCCGUUCAGCUCGUCUUCGGCUUCGAGUACGCCAUCCUCAUGACCAUGGUGCUCACCAUCUUCAUCAAAUACGUCCUGCACUCCAUCGACCUGCAGAACGAGAACCCUUGGGACAGCAAAGCCGUCUACAUGCUGUACACGGAGCUCUUCACGGGCUUCAUCAAAGUUCUCCUCUACAUGGCCUUCAUGACCAUCAUGAUCAAAGUCCACACCUUCCCGCUCUUCGCCAUCCGCCCCAUGUACCUGGCGAUGAGGCAGUUUAAGAAAGCGGUGACGGACGCCAUCAUGUCCCGCCGGGCCAUCCGCAACAUGAACACGCUCUACCCCGACGCCACGCCGGAAGAGCUGCAGGCCAUGGACAACGUCUGCAUCAUCUGCCGCGAGGAGAUGGUGACGGGCGCCAAGCGUUUGCCUUGCAACCACAUCUUCCACACCAGCUGCCUGCGGUCGUGGUUCCAGCGCCAGCAGACGUGUCCCACCUGCCGCAUGGACGUUCUCCGGGCUUCCCUCCCGGCACAGCCGCCUCCCGAGCCGCCGGAGCAAGCUCCGCCGCCUCCCCAGACCCCCCAAGUUCCUCAGCCCCCCAACUUUCCCCAGGGAAUCCUUCCCCCCUUCCCCCCGGGAAUGUUUCCCUUCUGGCCGCCGGUUGGUCCCUUCCCGCCGGUUCCUGGCGUUCAACCGCCCAACGGCACCGAAAACGCCACGCCGAGCUCCGGCGCCGCUUCGGCCGCCAGGCCUGGCGACACCGCCAACGCCGGAUCGGAAGCCGCCGCGGCGGCAGGGACGGUGCCGGGUCUUCCUUUCCCGCCGCCGUGGAUGGGAAUGCCGUGGCCGCCCCUCUUCGGCUUUCCGCCGAUGCCGGUGCCGCCGGCCGGCUUUGCCGGCUUGACGGAGGAAGAACUUCGAGCCAUGGAGGGCCACGAUCGGCAAAACCUGGAGGCGCGGUUACAGUGCCUGCAGAACAUCCACACCCUCCUCGACGCCGCCAUGGUGCAGAUCAACCAAUACCUGACGGUCCUGGCCACCAUCGGGUCGCCCCGGCCCGCCGCUCCCCGGCCCCCCUCCACCCGCGAGACCCCCGCCGAGGAGCCCACCCCCCUCCGCUCGCCCGGCAGCCCUUCGGCACCCGCCGCCGCUGCCGCCGCCGCCGCCGGCUCCAUGCCUGCCGCCGGUCCCACCGCGCCGGCAGGCGCCGAAGGCUUCGCCGCCGAGGAGGAAGAGGAUGGCGGCGAAGGCUCGUCCUCGCUGGACGAACCCGACACGGCGGAGCUCCGCCGCCGCCGGCUACAGAAACUGGCGUCACCGCCGGCAGCCUCACACUGACGCCCGCCGGUUGUGCCGCGGACGCGCCGCGGGCGCCGUUUCGGGGGUGCCGACCCCUCGUCCUCGGCGUUUCCGGACCCUCGGAUGCCGCAAGUCGGGCAGCGCCCCUUUUUCUGCCUUUUUUCCCACCAUUUUCCACCAAAACCCCCGUCCGGAAGCAAAACUGAUUCCUGGCUACGCCCGUUGGCGCCCCUAAAACAUUGCCGGCCCUUUUUUCCGUGGCACCGCGGCAAACAGCCGCGUUUCUUGACCCGUUUUUCCCCAUUUUUUCCCUGUUUUCACCCCAAUUCUCUCUACCUCUCCAGCGAGCCAGGAUCCGGUGUGUGAUUUGGAGCCGGUGGUUGCGUGUUUUGGGGUAACCGCACCUGUUUUGGGACGGUAAUUGAGGACCGGGGCUUUGAUCGCGGUGACGGUGAUCAAGCGAGUGCCGGCGCCGCUUGAAAUUGCUCAAAAUCGCCCAUUUUUAACCCAAAGUCGUGUCCAGGCGCUCCCGGCUGCAGAGCGGGUCGUCACCGGUGGCAUCAACGCGACCGAAACCGCCUCGAGCUGCGUCCGCUUUGAGUUGCCGCCGCUUUUACCGGGGUGCCGGGGAUUUUGGGGCGCCCCCACCCCCGGCUUUCACCUCCCACCCCCCUCGUUAGCAAACGAGCUCGUUAACAGUAUUAACCCAUCACCCCCUGGAAAGCCGCUUCCCGCACCGAAAUAUCGCUCCCCCCGUGAAGCCCGUUGGGGACACCGCGGUGCCGAUCGGCGCCUCUCCGGCACCGCACGGCAACUUAAUAAACCCCCGAAUCCUCCGCCUGACCCCAACCAGUCCCUAACCGCUGCCACGGCGCGCCCAAACUGGUUUUAACUGGUUUCGCUCUGCCAACGGCGCCGGGAGGUGGGGGGUUUUUUUUUUUGGUCUCCUUUGGUCACCUCCCGCCCGCCAAAUAUUCGCCUCGUUUCCUUCGCCGACGGUCGGC